AUGGCUAAGCAGCUCCGCCCCAUGAGCGCAUUGGCCUCGACGGCUACGAGCUACCCUACGACACACGAGAAGAUAGAGAAGCCGGCGGAUACGCCCUAUUUUGUAGAUAACGAGUUCCGACCCAGCCAGACGGACAAGUUCAUCGAGUUGCACGACCCGGCUACGAAUAACCUCGUCACUCGUGUCCCGCAACUCACGAAUGCAGAGCUCCAGGCUGCUGUGGAUAGUGCCCAGCGUGCGUUCCCCGAAUGGAGGGCUAAGAGCGUGCUUGCUCGCCAGCAGAUCAUGUUCAAGUAUGUCAGCUUGAUCCGCGAGAACUGGGACCGUCUUGCUGCGAGCAUUACCCUCGAGCAAGGAAAGACAUUUGCAGAUGCUAGGGGCGACGUCCUGCGUGGUCUUCAGGUGGCGGAGGCUGCGUGCGGUGCCCCAGAAUAUCUCAAGGGCGAGGUGCUUGAGGUUGCCAAGGAUAUGGAGACGAGAUCUUACAGGGAGCCGUUAGGUGUUGUUGCUGCCAUUUGCCCUUUCAACUUCCCUGCUAUGAUCCCCUUAUGGUGUAUCCCGAUUGCGACGGUAACCGGCAACACCGUGGUCCUAAAGCCUUCCGAGAGAGAUCCCGGAGCGGCCAUGAUCUUGGUGGAGUUAGCGAAGGAAGCCGGUUUCCCCGAGGGCGUGGUUAACGUAGUCCACGGAGCUCACGAUACCGUGAACUUUCUCCUAGACGCUCCGGAGAUCAAGGCGAUCAGCUUUGUCGGCGGAAACAAGGCCGGCGAGUACAUCUUCAGCAGGGGAUCCGCCAAUGGCAAGAGAGUGCAGGCCAACCUAGGCGCCAAGAACCACGCCGCCGUCAUGCCAGACUGCAACAAGAAUCAGUUCCUCAACGCCAUCGUGGGAGCUGCCUUCGGUGCUGCCGGUCAGCGGUGCAUGGCUCUCAGCACGCUAGUUAUGGUGGGCGAGACGAAGGAGUGGCUAACCGAACUAGCGGAAAGUGCCAAGAAACUCCAAGUUAACGGCGGCUUUGAAGAGGGUGCCGACCUGGGCCCCGUCAUCACGCCGCAGAGCAAGGCAAGAAUCGAGAGCCUUAUCGCCAGCGCCGAAGAGGAGGGUGCUACGAUCCUCUUAGACGGGCGAGGCUUCAAGCCGGAGAAGUACCCGAACGGCAACUGGGUCGGUCCCACCAUCAUCACAAAUGUUACCAAAGACAUGAAGUGCUACAAGGAAGAGAUCUUCGGCCCUGUGUUGGUUUGCCUAAAUGUAGACACGCUGGACGAGGCGAUCGACCUGAUCAACCAGAACGAGUACGGCAACGGUACGGCUAUCUUCACACGCUCAGGCGCGACGGCCGAGACGUUCCGGCGUAACAUCGAAGCCGGCCAGGUCGGCAUCAACGUCCCGAUCCCGGUGCCCCUGCCUAUGUUCUCGUUUACCGGAAACAAGAAGAGUGUUGCAGGGGGUGGUGCGAAUACAUUCUACGGACGACCUGGAGUUAACUUUUACACGCAACAGAAGACGGUCACGGCGCUGUGGUCGAGCGCGGAUGUUAUUUCUAGGAAGGCGGAUGUUGCUAUGCCUACGCAUAGCUAA